GACAGAUCCUGAAGCAGGUCAACAACUCGUCAGUUUCCAGUAUUUGCUGUAGUAUCAGUGGAAGACGCCACCUGACAAAUAAUCCCAUUGAAAAUGGAGGCAGCAGCAUUAGCAUCUCUGGUCAUCGCUGGAGCCUCAUUGGCAGGCACUACCAUUGAGAAAAUUUCCAACGCUAUAAACACAGAACGAAAUGUCACUAUUCACAUAACAAACUUCUGCAAAGACUACAACUUAACAAACCCACGGGUCUUCACAUCUAGUGGAUAUAGUCAUGAUCCUCCUCAGCCUACAAUCAAAACGCAGACAAUGGAAGCCUGUUCAUUCACCAAAAACCCUAAUAAACUAUGGGGUUGCGUAGGAGUUCUGACAUAUGACGUCUGUAAAAUAGAAGAAAGCAAAGCUGACAGCUGCCUGGCCAUAAUGUUUUCUGUACCUUAUGAUUACACUAAGUAUGAAAAUUGGUUCGCUGUUGGGAUCUUUGAUAGUGAGCGUUCAUGUGAUGAAUCUCUGUUCAAUCUGAUGUAUUAUGAAUCUGGGAGCUUCAGCAGAGACAAUUCAUCAGGGAAUGAGAUAAAGCAGGUUAGGAAUGCAAUUGAAAUCAAGGGAACAAUGUCUCCUAGAGCCAAGUCAAUCAUGAAAGUAGAAGUGUGGGAUUAUUAAACCUACUGUCAAGACAACUAGUAUGAGGGUCAUGCAAAAAAAAAGAUAAUAUUUCUACAUCAUCCUCUUAAUACACUGUGAUGGCUUCUUGUGUGAUUGAAAAAACUACCUUGAGGAUAAAAAAAGUAAUGAUCCGACUGGUCUAUAGAGUGAUACUUACUGAAAUGUUUCCAUGGUUUAUUAAUUGAUGGGCACUGUUUACUAAAUCAUUAACAGUGUAACAAUAGUUUCUUAUGGUACAGUAGUAUCUUCCUGAAUAUAUGUAAACACAAUCUGUCCUUAGUAAAAUGUUAUUGAGGGAAGGUAAUGAAUCAGGAGCUUAUUGAUCUGUUUAUGCUUAGAUCCAAACACAGUAAAUGUAGAAAUACUAGUAUAAAUUGCUAUAAAAUAUUAAUUUGUUGUUCAAAGUUUACAUACCCCAAAGUAUGGAAAUUUCCAUACACUGGGGUGUGUAAACUAUUGAUAACUAUACACACACAGUUCACAUUGUACAUAAACACCUUGUACAGCAUAUGUAUGUGUUACAAUGUGUACUACAGACAUUAUGAUACACACAUGCUGUGUUUUAGACUGUGUUUGUGAUUGUGUUUGUGUAUACCUGACUGUCAUAAACUCCUGUGCAUCUCUAUCUCUCUGUGUAAUAAACUCAUAGCU